UGAUAUUUCCACCCAUCCCAACACUCUCCGGUUAUAAAAAGGGGUAGAACGUUGGAAAUAUCACUUCCAACUCUGAGUAUUCAAAAGUUUCCUAUUUGUUAUUGAAGUCAUGGUGAGUGCAUCCCAUCUUGCUGCUGUUGCCAAGAGACUAGAAGGUAAGGUUGCGCUAAUCACCGGCGGUGCAAGUGGCAUUGGCGAGCAGACUGCAAGACUAUUCAAUCGUCAUGGAGCCAAAGUCGUCAUUGCCGACAUCCAGGAUGAACUGGGCCACUCUAUCAGCAAAGAACUGGGCCCCACAGAUACCUCCUUCAUCCACUGCGACGUACGUGACGAGGCCCAUGUCCAAAAUGCUGUCGAUAGUGCAAUCGCCAAAUUCGGGAAGCUCGACAUCAUGUUCAAUAACGCGGGCAUCAUAGACAUGACCAAACCAAGCAUCUUUGAAAAUGAAAAGGCCGACUUCGAGAGGGUCCUCAGCAUCAAUGUAACGGGCGCCUUCUUGGGCACAAAGCAUGCAGCCCGAGUCAUGGCCCCAGCCCGCCGCGGAAGCAUAAUCAUAACAGCUAGUGUUGCUUCGGUCUCUGGUGGGAUCACCACCCAUGCUUACACAUGCUCCAAACAUGCGGUGGUGGGGCUCACAAAGAAUGCUGCCGUUGAGCUCGGACGAUAUGGCAUUCGUGUGAAUUGUGUGUCACCAUACGUGGUGGGGACACCAUUAGCUAAGAACUUCUUCAAAAUAGAAGAUGCAGCUAGUGUCUACUCAAACCUUAAGGGGGUUGCGUUGAAGGCAGAAGACAUUGCAGAAGCUGCCCUUUACUUGGGUAGUGAUGAGUCAAGGUAUGUGAGUGGGCACAACCUGGUAGUGGAUGGAGGUUUCACCAUCACUAAUCCUGAGUUAUCUAUCUUCAAUUAGAAAAUCAGUACCAUGAAAACAGUAGGCCCCACCAUGAAGAUCUCCCUUGUAAAAAAAUCAGGCUGACCCACAAAGUAGGUGGAUCACACUCGUUUGUGGAGUCAGAUCAUGGGUUGUCAAUUUAUUCCAACGGCGCACAGGCCUGAUUUUUGUGAUGGAUGAUCUUUUAGGAAGGCCCACCUUCUUUAUGGUACUGAUCUGAUGUCGGUUUUUUCUUUGGCAGUUGAUAAGUUGUGCUACUUAAAUCUAAGUCUUCCAAACAGUGGAUUGGAUCCUGUUCUAGAUGUGGUACGGGCUAUAAUAAGAUUAAUGGGCAUUUCUAUGCUGAAUUUAAA